AUGGCGGACAAGUUUUCAAGUCAAGAGAAAGGAGAAGCAAUUAAGUUAUGCAAAUAUGCAGAUAAUUAUCUGCUCCGAACUGCAAAACAGCAUCAUUGUUCUUAUUACCAUUAUUCCAUCAUUCCUGAAAAUGCAAUAAUCAUCUGCCAUUCUAUAUCCAAUACAGAUGUGGCAUCAAGACCAUUAGUAAACACAACGUGUGGUGGCGAUCAUGCCCGCACCAUACUCAAAUGUCUCAGUCUCAUUCGGACAAUCUUUAGCAGCGAUGACCUCUUCUGGUUCGGUAAGAUCUAUUCCUCGUUGUGUCCGUCUUACAAGACCAAAGUGGACAUUUCCUGCUAUAAAGACCCAGUGACCACCACCACUACCAUCCAGAAAAAGAACAACAAUGACGACAGCCUCUUAACUUUGCUGUUUCAGCCGGGCGAAUUCAACGUCAAGCGAUUUGACCGCUAUUUGAACGUCUCCUACCGAUCUCCACAAGGGCAGUACAAAGCCUGUGCCAAUAGAUACAAGAUCGACGCAUAUCCCUAUUUAGAGGUGAACCCUUCAGCAGCCACGUGGUUGACCCCUUGGCAGAUGAGAAAGAUACCAGAUGUUCACUGGAUUCAAUUUAAUUCAGACCCACAACACUACACCCUUAUGUUUUACGACAGCAGCAACAGCAACGUGAAAGGCCUCUACACCAACAUCCUGGAGAACAAACUCACCUUUUCCACGGAAGUGAUACGUUAUGAAGCCCCCAUGAACUUCCGGAACUUCUCCUCUCCGUUCCUUAUUUUGUUAUUUCUACAAGAAUAUACAGUAGACAUAUCUACAGAAUGGCGAAGGAGAUUCCUGAAGCCAGUCUAUCGAUUUCUUGGCGAUUUCACCCGUGAAUAUAAUCUGGAUGGCCCCGUCGCUGUCAACUGGGCCCUAGUGACAACAGACCUUUAUGCAACAGAACAAAACCGCAUUUCCAAUAUCGUAGACAACUGUCCACACUACAUCGCUACAGCACUUGCAAAACACGAACGAACAUUUAUCCCGCCUAAUUUACACCUGUACGUCGGUCUUUACGUUUCCUUUACCUCUGAAAGUAUUACCUAUCAAUCUUGCUGCAAUGAGUACAAAUCCAAUGCUACAGUCGUUUACUUGAAUCCUCUGGCAAAUGGAACGGCAAAGGCGGUUGAUACCCGGUCUGGUGUCCAGCCGAACGCUACAAUUAGCUUUGUGCCUUUUGACCAACACCAAAUGGAAGAAUUUCGCCAUUCUCUUUUCACGCUUGUUAUGGUUGACCCAGACAUCCCAGAGGUCUACCACUCGUUGGGUAACUCUACCUACCCACUUAUCCAUUGGAUGACCAUUAAUAUCAUUGGCAAGGAGUUGUCGACUGGUGAGGAGGUACACUCUUAUAUAGGUCCUCUUCCACCUGACGAAAACCCUCAUUUCUAUUAUUUCAUUCUAUUGAAGCAACCACGGAGAUUGACAAAAGAAGACCUGGAAGGGUUUUAUUCAGACUGUGGGGAGGCGCUUAAAGGAAGAUGCCUGUUUCGUAUGAGGCAGUUCGUGCAAGCUAAAGAUCUGGUGUUUGCUGGUGCCACGUGGAUGGCCAGUGAAAACGACAAGUAUGUGAGAGCGGUGUAUCUUAGGCAAGGAAGCCCACCCGACCAAGUAUGUAAACAGUCCAAAUAUUAUCAACCAGGUUGCCUCGAUUCAAGUGAGGCGGUGAGACCCACCUCAGGCUGUGGAAUAAUUUUUGUUUUGUACUAUUUCGUUCUUUUAUUGAUAACGGUUGUAGCUUGUUAAAUGUGCAUGUUGGCAUCUGCAUUAUAUUUAGAUAUAUAUUUGCCAUUUGACUCACAGAAACAUGCACAUAGUUUACAUAUAUAUAUAUCUAUACAAAAAUGUAUACCUGAAUAAAAUAUGUCUGUAUAUUACAUAUAUAAAAAAGUGUGUGUGGUGUGUGUGGUGUGUGUGUGUGUGUGUGUGUGUGUGAAUGUUUAAAUGUGAGUAUGUAUGUUUAUGAAAACGUGUUUGAGCCAAGAGAAGACUGAAAGCGCUGAAUACCCAGAACAUUGAAUGUUGAAAUGUUAGGUGCAAAUAGGAAAACCAGCUUUAAAAACAUUUGUGGUUUUAAAACAAGUUUUAUCGGAAGAACUUACUGUAAUAUAUGCAUUUCAUGUUAUUAUGCCACGCCAGAAUAACUAUUCUAGAAUA